AUGACUCGAAUUUUAGUCCAACGUGGUUCUAGUGGGUCGUCAUCAUCAUCAUCAUCAUCAAAUCAAAACAGAUCAUCCUCUGUAGUGGCGCCCAAUACUUCGUCUUCAGUAACUUCGCCACUCCCACAGGCUACUAGUAAUGCACAGGUUGUUCCAUCAAUCAGAGAUGAUAAUUUGGGGGAAGUUCAAGAACAGAAUGUCGUGGAUGAGUCAUUAGAUCCUGAUGUAUUAAAUAGCAAAAGCAAGGGAACAAGAAGUGAGGAUCUUUCACCGGAAAGGUUUAACAAUGAUCAGAAUGACAAUGACGAAAAGGAUGUGGGCAGUGAGAAGGUUCGUGGUGACGAUAUUGUGGGUGCUGGAGACUUGAUAAAAGGGUUUGGUGGGUUGUCAGUCGUGGAGGAGGAAAGUGAUGCAAGUGUUGGAAGCUCCUUCCAGAUGGUUAAUGUCAGUUCUUAUCCGCCACCCCCACCUGUGCCACCUCCAAAACCUUCUUCAAUGAACAAGAAGUCUUGGAGAGGUUCAUCGGGUGGUUCAAAUGCUGUACGGAUUGGACCAUCUAGAAGAGCUACAGGAUGGCCUGGUGUAUCAAUUAGGCCAUCACCGACGGGGUCUAUGCCAUCUUCUCCACGGUCUCAUUGUGAAAAUGAAGGUUAUAACAGUGCUGAUGAGCAGGGCCCUUGCUAUAGCUCCUCUUAUGAUGAUGCUGAGAGAGAGCGCCAGUUUGAGAUCGAUUUAAGACGAGUUAAAGGUUUGGAAGUGAGGAAAAUGUUAGAUGAUGGGAACUGCCUCUUCCGUGCUGUUGCAGAUCAAGUAUAUGGUGACUCUGAACAGUAUGAUUUGGUUAGGCAGAUGUGCAUUGACUACAUGGAGCGAGAAAGAGAUCACUUCUCUCAAUUUAUAACAGAAGGUUUCACUACCUAUUGUAAGAGGAAGAGAAGAGAUAAGGUUUACGGUAACAAUGUUGAGAUCCAAGCUCUAUCUGAAAUGUACAACAGACCAAUCCAUAUAUAUUCUUACAGCACAGAACCCAUAAACACAUUCCAUGGAAGCUAUAAUACAGACACGCCUCCGAUACGGCUGAGUUACCAUCAUGGAAAUCAUUAUAACUCUCUAUUUGAUCCUCGUCGACUGACCAUUGGUGCUGGACUUGGGUUUAGCUCUCUGCAGGGGACAAAUGUGGAUAAGGAUCAGAUCAAAGCAGCUAUCAGAGCUCAACAAGAUCAACAGAUUGAUAAUGCACUUUUAGCUGAGGGGCGGUUAUACUCAGAUCUUGAGCUAACUGAAAAGGAAAUCGAGCGCAUGGUGAUGGAAGCUUCAAGGGCAGAAUAUCUUGCUGAUGACUCGUUCAAGCAACAGCUUGGUCAUUCUUCUGCUUCGGGUGCUGAACCAUCUUCUUCCGCAGCCAGGUCAUCGGGCAGUGAUACGAGAAAGGAAGGAGUGUACGAAAGUGGCUUGCCGGCUACAGUUCUAAGUGGCAGCAUGCAGAGUAUGUUGUCUAUGGGGUUCAGCUAUUUGCAAGUGAUUGAGGCUUACAGCAUUUUUGGGGACGAUGUGGAUUCAAUGGUUUGUUACUUGGUCGAAACGAGCAGUAGCAGCAGACGUAAAGGAAAGGCAACCGAAUGA